GACUGAAUUUUGAAUGCAAAGGCAUAAAUCAUUAUCGAAUAACUUUUUUUUUUGCUAUUAUUAGUAUUGCUUAGUCGCUACAUUUCUUGAACAAUAGCUAUGAAUAAUUAUCACUAUUCUGAAUCCGAAGAUGAUUCUUUCGAAAGUCAUCCUAAUUUUUCAGUAUUUGUUCUUGGAAACGUAACAUGUCGCGCUUGUUUAGCUCAAGACGAAGAAAUGCAAUCUUUAUUUUCAGUUCAAGAAUGGCACUCAUUAGAUAAACGAAAUGAAUUGUUGAACAUGUUUAUUUCUUGUACUUCACUUGAUGUUACUUUCAAUGAUCUAUAUCCAAAACAUAUUUGUAAUAGUUGUUUCAAAGAGCUGCAUGAAGCUUAUGGCUUUUGGAAAAAAUGUAGGCAAUCUAUCGAACAAGUGGAUAAAAUUACUAAAGGAAUGCACAUAGGAGACACAAACUCCAAAACUGAUUAUUUGAUUGACAAAUGUGAUACUCUAAUAGACGAUAAUAUAAAUAAUUUGAAUAAUGCCUCUAAGACCUUCCCAAAGAAUGAAACAAUUAUAAUAGACCAGGAAACAAGCAAAACUCAAAAUGCUUCCGAAAAAAGUCCUAAAUCUCAAUGUAGAACUUUAAAAUUGACAAAUAAUGAUACUUAUUCACAAAUUGAAGGAUCUCAUGAUAAAUCAAAGGAACAAGUAAACACUGAUCAACUUCAGUGUCACAAAUGUAAUAUAACUUUUAGUAAUACAAAAGACUAUGAAACACAUUUGGAUAUAAUUCAUAAAAUUACAAUUGCCACGAGUACAUUGAAUCAAGCCAAAUGUAAAAAAUGUCAAAUUGUUUUUUCCUCUAGGAACGCUUACAAAUUGCAUUGGUAUAAUAAUCACAAUCACAAGAUGCAUACAAAAUUAGAUAGUUCUGCAAAUGGUACAGAUGUUUCAGAAACCAACCAGGAAUCUAUAUCAGAACAAUUUGUUAUUCUAAAUGAUGAUGAAAGUUCAAUGUGCGAUUUAAGUCCAAAAAAUGCCCAGAAGCAUAAAUGUCGUAAAUGCAAUCUUACUUUUGCCAAUAAAUCUGAAUAUAAAAAACAUGCUGCAAAGCACAAUGAGCAUUUAUGUCCUCAAUGUGGUCGUGUUUUCAAUAAAAAAAAUCACUUAAAUUUACACCUCAUAACACAUUCAACAUUGCGUCCUUUUCAAUGCAAUAUCUGUAAUAAAACAUACAGAUCACAUGCUGCUUUGUACGUUCACAAAAGUACACACAAAGGAGAAUUAAGAUAUUCCUGUGAGCAUUGCGACAAGAAAUUUGUAACUUGGAAUGCAAGAUAUAAACAUAUUAAAGCACAUCACACUGCAUAUGAUAAACAUGUUUGCGAAAUAUGUACCUUAGGAUUUCGAGAUGCUUCAGCACUUAAAAUUCAUGUACGUAAACAUACAGGUGAAAAGCCUCACGCUUGCAAUGAUUGUAGUAUGACUUUUAUUUCAAGCAGCCAGUUGGCAAAACAUAGACAUAAACAUUCCGAUAUAAAAAAGUAUUCGUGCGUGAUCUGUGAAAAAAAGUUUACACGCUCCUCUGGAUUGAAACAACAUAUGGUUACUCAUACAGGAGAAAGAAAACAUAAAUGUGAAACAUGCGGAAAAGCCUUUACACAAGCACAUGUUUUGAGAAGUCACAUGAAAUUACAUGAAACGAUAAAACUUGAAGAAGACCUUACAAAUUGAAGACAAAAUUGUUUAUUAAUUCAGUUUUAGGGUAGG